UAUCAGCGUCGUUGAUCUAAAAUCUUCCUCUUAAUCCCGGUUCCCCCUCCUCCGCUUCCAACCCACCGCACAUGUAUUCCUAUCUACUUGUUACGGCUCCAGCGGGGACAGAAUGUGGCUCCAGUCGAAAAGGCGACACUCAUCCGAAAGUUCUUGAGCUAUUUCCAAUCUGUGGAUUUCCGUUCAUCCUGUUUUUCUGAAAGAACGCCAAAGUAACCAGUUCGGAUUAACACUUUUAAAAGGAAUAGUUUGUUUUCUCAUUUAAAAAAAAGUGGCUGACUGCAGCUCGGGUCCCCAUGCUCUGCCCUGUGAGUGCUGCUCGGCCUGCUGAGCCCAUAGGUGCUGGUGUGUCUGUACUAGGCUGCAGCUGAAGCAGGGAUACAGUGACUGGUGGUGGUCGUCAUCAGAGGGCCCAGAGCCCCGGUAGCAGGCGGAGGGGCCUGUCCUGUCCGAGCCACACGAAGAUGAACAGACUGAACUUCCAUAACAACAAAACCAUGCAGGACCGCCGCUGUGUCUGUGUCUUUUUGCCCAAUGAUGACACCCUCAAUAUCAUAGUCAAUGUGAAGACCUUGUGCCAGGAACUGUUGGUCCAGGUGUGUGACCUCCUGAGGCUGAAGGACUGUCACCUGUUUGGACUCAGUGUUAUUCAGAAUAAUGAGCACAUCUAUAUGGAGCUGGAUCAGAAACUAUCCAAAUACUGCCCCAAAGAAUGGAAGAGAGAAGCCAGCAAGGGCAUCGACCAGUUUGGGCCUCCAAUGAUCAUUCACUUCAGAGCUCAGUACUACGUUGAGAACGGGAGAUUAAUCAGUGACCGGGCAGCCAGGUACUAUUACUACUGGCACUUGAGGAAACAGGUGCUGCUCUCACAGUGUAUCCAAAGGGAGGAGGCCUACUUCCUCCUGGCAGCCUUCGCCCUGCAGGCUGACCUGGGCAACUUCAAGCGUAACAAGCACUUUGGGAAGUACUUUGAACCCGAAGCCUACUUCCCUCCAUGGGUGAUAGCCAAGCGCGGCCGUGAGUACAUCCUGAGGCAUAUCCCCAACAUGCACAAAGACCAGUUUGCUCUCACGGCUUCAGAGGCACACCUUAAGUACAUCAAGGAAUGUGCCCAUCUCGAUGACGUCCCUGUCCACUACUACAGACUAUACAAGGACAAGAAGGAAGUAGAGGCAUCUCUUACAUUGGGACUGACUUUACGUGGUAUCCAAAUAUUUCAGAAUGUCGGGUCUGUGAGGCAACUCUUGUACGACUUCCCCUGGACCAACGUGGGAAAACUGGUGUUUGUGGGGAAGAAGUUUGAAAUCCUUCCCGACGGUCUGCCCUCGGCUCGUAAACUCAUCUACUACACAGGUUGUCCCGUGCGCUCCCGCCACCUCCUGCAGCUGCUCAGCAACAGCCACCGGCUCUACAUGAACCUGCAGCCCGUUCUCAAACAAGUCCGCCGGUUAGAGGAAAACGAAGAGAAGAAGCAGUACAGGGAGUCGUACAUCAGCGAUGCUCUCGAACUGGACAUGGACCAGCUGGACAAACGUUCCCGAGCCAGCGGCAGCAGCGCGGGGAGCAUGUCUCAUCACAAACGCCUGUCCCGCCACUCCACGACCAGCCACGGCAGCUCUCACACCUCCGGCAUUGAGGCGGACAGCUUCAGGGCCUCGGGUCAGGCGCCGCACAGGCCCCUCCGAACCUGCAGCUCGUCCACGACCAGCCACGGGAGCUCGCACACCUCCGGCAUCGAGAGCAGCGGCAAGGAGCGCAUACUGGACGAUGACGAGAUCGAGAUGCUUGUGGACGACCCCAAAGACUACGAGGAGCUUCACGAGAUGGUUCUGGACCAGGAGCUGUGUAUCCACAUCACUGAGGACAUGUUGACCAUGUUGCCUGAUCAGACCAACGGAUACUCAGGGCUGAUAGUAAAAGAUGUCAGCUCCUCCACUUCCAGCUCCUCUGAGACGGUCGUCAAGAUGAGAGGACAGAGCAUCGAGUCUCUGCCACAGACUUCUGUGUGCGGGAAGCCUCAGUCCUCGACCGACCGACACAGCCAGUCUCUAGACGACGUCCGGCUCUACCAGAAGGACUGCUUGCAGUGGGCGGAGCUCUGCCAGGACACCGCCCACAGCUACACGUUCGGCUGCGCCCAGGAGCUGAGCGACGGCGGCGGCGGCGGAGGCGGCGGCGGUGGCGGCAGCGGCUAUCAGGGCCUCGCCGAUCAGCGCGCCGGCAUGCUCGGCGAGCAGCACCCGUUUCCCAUCAAGAGAACCAACAAGUACUUCUCCCUGGAUCUGACCAGCGAAGAGGUCCCAGAGUUUGUGGUGUGAAGGCAAGGAAACGAGGCAAGGUGACCUUUUUUUGCCCCGACGUAGAGAUGCUUCAGCCCUCAGGGAACGAGACGAGAGAGGAGCGUUGGAAGAGGUGGUUUCUAGGAUGAGUAAACUGGCAACAAGUUGGCUGUCCCUUCACUUACCACGAAUAACACAUAAUAAAUGAACAAACAUGGAGGACUCUGGCUGAAAAGGGAACUUAAAGAACCUUGGUUCAAAGAAAUCUGCAUCUUUACAAAGUAACGUGAGCUGCUCCCCUGUGGGAAAGGAAACAAAAGGGAUCGUGUCAUCUUUUAAAACAACAAUUUUAUUCAAAUCUGUCUCCUCCAAACUGGUUUCAUGAACCACGCGUCGUGUUUUGCCUGCUUUAUAAAGUCAUAAACAGACUGUGUGCGCGUGCACGUGGGCUUACAGCAGACAGAGACUCGUGCACAGACAUGAGCAGCAUAUCAAAGAUCUUCUCUGGAGGACACAGAGGACAAAAAUCACUCUUGAGCUACGAACCAAAGACAAGAAAUGGAAAUGAACUAUGUCCAACUUUUUCUCAGUGUGUAGCCAUGAUGAAAAACAAUUCAAAGUCCUGCUGGGAGGGAAGAAGAACCCAUAAUCCUUUGAGAGGAAGCAGCCUUGGUUUCUUCUUCUAAGCCACUUCAUUUGACCUCAGCAGGAAGUGCAGUGUGCCAACUCCC